AUGGGCGUGGAUGAAGAUUCUGAGCAAGAAUUCAAAUCGCAGAAGAUAAAACCAGCUUCUGAUGAUGAUAAAAGGAAAAAGAAAAUUACACCUGGAAGUUUGAUGAAAGCUCUGAUGAGGCCUGGAAGCGGUGAAAAAACACCUAGUGAUGGGGAUCAGGUUAUGUAUCAUUGUACUAUUCGAACACUGGAUGGAGUGGUUGUGGAGUCAACAAGAGCAGAAUUAGGAGGCAAGGGUACCCCGAUAAGACAGGUUUUGGGUAAAAGUAAGAUGAUAUUGGGAUUGCUAGAAGGCUUUCCUACAAUGUUCAAUGGUGAAGUUGCAAUGUUCAAGAUGAAACCCGAGCUACAUUAUGGUGAGGAAAAUUGUCCUGUCACAGUUGCGGAUGGCUUUCCAAAGGAUGACGAACUUCAUUUUGAGAUUGAGCUGAUUGAAUUCUCUAAAGUCAAGGUUAUUAGUGAAGAUUUAGGCGUCUUAAAGAAGGUCACAGAAGAAGGACAGGGUUGGGAAACACCUAGAGAACCAUACGAAAUUAAAGCUUGGAUUUUGGCAAAGUCGGGUGAUGGAAAAUUGAUUGUGUCACAUACUCAAGGAGAACCCUUUUUCUUUACUUUUGGAAAGUCUGAGGUACCCAAUGGUCUUGAGAUGGGAAUAGGAACAAUGUCAAGAGGAGAAAAGGCGGUAAUUUAUGUUACUAGUAAGUAUUUGACUCAGUGCCCUCUGAUUCCCACAUUAGAAGAUAUUGAAGAAGUUCAUUUUGAGGUGGAGCUGGUACAUUUUGUUCAGGUGCGGGAUGUGCUUGGAGAUGGACGACUAAUAAAACGCCGGAUUCGUGAUGGAAGAGGUGAAUUUCCUAUGGAUUGCCCGCUUCGUGACAGUCUCCUACAUGUCCAUUACAAGGGGAUGCUUCUCAAUGCAGAAAAGACUGUCUUCUACGAUACAAAAGUUGAUAACAACGGUCAGCCUUUGGAGUUCAGAUCAGGGGAAGGGCUUGUACCUGAAGGGUUUGAAAUGUGCACCCGACUGAUGUUGCCUGGAGAGAUAGCUCUUGUUACGUGCCCUCCUGAUUAUGCUUAUGACAAAUUUCCUAGGCCAGCUAACGUUCCUCAAGGUGCUGACAUCCAGUGGGAGAUUGAGCUUCUUGAUUAUGAGAAGCAAAAGGAUUGGACUGGUUUCAACUUUAGAGAAAUAAUGGAGGAUGUCGAGAAGAUUAAAGGCACGGGUAACAGGCUAUUCAAAGAAGGCAAAUAUGAACUUGCAAAGGCAAAAUAUGAGCAUGUGCUUCGUGAAUUUAAUCAUGUCAAUCCUCAAGAUGAUGAGGAGGGAAAAGAAUUUUCCAAUACAAGAAAUUUGUUGCAUCUGAAUGUGGCUGCCUGCUUUCUGAAAAUGGGGGAACCAAGGAAGUCAAUUGAAGCAUGCAAUAAGGUAAUUCCUGUUAGUAAUUAA